ACGCCUCUGCGCUCCUGCGGGAACCUCUGAGAACGAACCGAGACAUUUUACGGAGGAGUGAUACACUGGAUGGUUACUUUCACACUUCUGGUGGAUUAUUAAUUUUUUCUUGACGGUAUUUUUUGAUUAAGAAGAACCUGGAGAAAUGGAUAUAUACACUUUGAUUUCCGUGUUGUCAGUGAUGCACUCCUGGAUUUUGUGCACAGUGCUAUCAGCGCCCGCUGGAGAGACACCCACUGCCUCCACAGACACCCAGAGGCGCCAUGUGCGGACCAAACGCUGCUCCUGCGCAACUUUCCUCGACAAGGAGUGCGUCUACUUCUGCCACCUGGACAUCAUAUGGGUCAACACACCUGAGCGCGUGGUCUCAUACGGAAUGGGCAACGCUCCGAGAGCGAGGCGCGCGGUCGCGGACUCCAUGGCAACCAGCAGAGGACCUCGCUGCCAGUGUGUCCGCCAAAACGACGACACAUGCAGAAACUUCUGCCGGCUGGAAAACCACCUCAGGUAUGAAACAUCGCCAGACAGCCCUGCCGAGGGCGAUGGUUGUGCUGGGGCGCAGUGCAAACACAAGUUGGCAGCCGACACGGGCAAGAUUAAGAGAAAGACGAACAGCAACAAGAAGCGGGUGUCACCUCUAGCAAUCAGGGCUGCCCUGAAAACUCGUCUGCUGCUCGAGAAGUGGAGGCUGAGGCUGCGCCACAGGGCGAGAGCAUCGGAGGGUGAGAGCAUGGCCCCCUAAGGACGACACAUAAGCUACGCACCUUGUCAUACAGAGGGGAGAGGGUUACACAAGCCCUUCUCUAAAGCCAAAGAGGAGCCUCAUGGAAGACGAUGGAGAGCCUGAGCGAGGCCAGCAAACGUACUCCAUGUUGGCUUCGUGGCUGCGGUGACAGAAAAGAGAGCAUUUACAACUCGACUUGUCUGCACUGAACGAGGUCAGAGACAAUUACAGGAGUUCAGGUGAAAGGAGAUAAGCUGAACAGAGGACUUGGCCUCAGUCUGCAAAAUCAAGGACAUUCAUUGAUGUUGUAGGUGUCACGGUCAGACUCACUGUUCCUUUGGACCCACCAAAUAUCAUUUCAACUUGACAUUUCUGGAAGGAUUUCACAUUGAUCCCUGUGUUACAGAAAAUAAAAACAACUGCCGUAUAUGGAUGAAGGCAGUCCUGUUCAUUAUAUUUCAAAAUGCCAUUAUUCAACAGACUGUUAUGCCUCCAUAGAAAGGAUUAUGUGCCUUGUACACGGGACACUUUUUCGCUGACUGAAAAUAUUUACUGCAUUUUACCUAACAGGUCAUCUCCUGUGUGUCAGGUCAUUGUAGCUAUGCAGUACAGUAGCUGCUGGGAGUUUAUCAUGCUGAUGUUAUCACAGUUUUCUUUGCAUUGUUGGUAAUUUAAUUUUCCACUUAAAAUGUCAUAUAUGUGUUGUAUUUAUUUAUUCUUUUUAAGGCAUUGUACUUUGAUGGCCAUAUUGGUCCGUCACACAUUUGGGUUUGUCAUUUCUAUGAAAUGUUUUUUGUCACCAAGGUGCCAAAUUCUGGCCAAACUUAAAUAAAUUUGUACACAUUUAUUUAAAA